UAGAUGCUCGUGUUUAUAUUUUUUACUUCCAGGAAACAACGCAUGAAACUCUUAAAAACUGUCGAUAAAGAGGCUUUGAUCUACUGAUUUUCUCUCUUACACUCCAAUCUACUCUAUGCACAGUAUUAAACACACGAUUGACACUUUAAGCAACCAGAUGUUCAAAUUAAAAGAACUGCAAUAAGCUGUAUAGCUUCUGAGUCAUAUAAAGAUGUAUAUGCAUCAAAACCAGCAAGAUACACCCCAAGAUGGAUGGGUGGAAGUAAAAUGUCUGGGAGCUGGAGGAUUUGGGACGGUAGUGUUAUGGGAGAACAAGGUUAUGAAGGAACAAAUAGCAAUUAAAAAGUGCCGUCUUGAUCUCAACCCUCGAAACAGACAAAGAUGGCAACAAGAAGUAGAUAUUUUGAAGAGACUUGAUCACGCAAACAUUGUGAAGGCCAAGGAAGUACCAGCAGCCCUUGAUGUGCAAGAAGGAGAGCUUCCACUGAUGGCCAUGGAGUACUGUUGUGGUGGUGAUCUCAGAAAGAUUUUGAAUUCACCUGAGAAUAUAUGUGGAAUAAGAGAAUCAAGUGUAAUUAAUGUUGCUGCCGACAUAGCAUGUGCCAUCCAGUUUUUGCAUUCAAAACGUAUAAUUCACAGAGAUUUGAAGCCUGAAAAUAUUGUUAUCAGCUAUGAAAGUGGAAAGGCGGUCUACAAAUUGAUUGAUCUUGGGUAUGCCAAACAGCUGGAUCAAGGCAGCGUGGCAACAACCUUUGUUGGUACUCUUAGAUAUCUGGCUCCUGAGCUACUGGCAGGCAAUGGUAGCUACUCCAAAACUGUAGACUAUUGGAGCCUUGGUACAGUAUUAUUUGAAUGUAUCACUGGAAAACGCCCUUUCCCAGACCUAUUUCCUGUUCACUGGCAUAAAGUAAUCGGACUCAAGUCAACUAAAGAUAUUCAUGCUUAUUAUGAUGUUUCAGAUGAAUUGAAGUUUUCAGAUGUAUUUCCAUAUCCAAAUUCUCUCUCAAAGUGUUUUCAAGAUAAAUUUGCAAGUCUUUUGCGGCUGCUACUGUUGUGGGAUGCAAAGCAGCGGGGUGGUGAAGUCAAGGAGAAUGGUUCACCAGAAUGUUAUAUUUUAUUACAAGAUAUUGUAUAUACUAAGGUCAUACAUAUAUUCUGUGUCUUUACCUGCACACUAUUAACUUAUGAAGUCACUCAAAAUGACAAGCUUGRUGAUAUUAAUGUUAAGAUUUAUGAAGACACAGGCAUUGCAGCUGAGGAUCAAGAAAUUAUUACUUCUGCUGGGGAGGAAGUAUCAAUGGACUCAACAAUGUUGGACUUCAUUAAUACUGAUGAUGAUCCACAGUCAUUCUUGUUCCUCAUUUCCAAAAGUGAAAUCCCGAGAUCCCCUCGGCCUCUCUUCACGCUUCCUUCAACAAUCAAAUCAAUAGUUACUGAAUCAAAGACCCUUCUGUCAUUUCCAGAACAGAAACGAGUUCAUGCUGACGCUCUAACAUUUUGUCAAGAACAAGUGGGUAGUUACCAGAACCUGUUGCAGGCGCACAGAUCAAUUCUAAAACAAAUGUUAAAAUUGAAUUCAAAGCUGAAUCAACUAAGAUCCACCUUAUCAAGUAACUGUAUAAAACUAGAAGAACGACUUGAAUUCUGCCGAGAAAGUCUAGAUAUUGAUAAGGAGUGUUAUUCAGACGUUGUGGUUGAUAUACAAGGGAAUGAAAAGUUGUUGAAAUCAUGGAAAGAAGCAGAAAAAACGUAUUUUGUAUUUGAUAAGUCUAAUGUAACGUCAGUUGAGAAGACUGCUUUAAACGUGCAUGCACAAGUACUUGAAAUUCAAAAGAUACCAUUCAACCAAUCGCAGACGACUAACCCGAUGCAAGAAUUGUAUGUUGCCGCUCGACAAGUCUACGAAGACCUUAAGCAAAGAAACUUAUCGUGUUAUGAUCAAAAGAUGGCAGACUGCAGCAAGAUAGCUGAGGUUGUUGUGAAAUGUUUAACGAAAAGAGAAAAAGCUGUCAAAGAUAUGUUUGUGCAUUUGAGACGUAUUCUUCAAUGUACAAGACAAAUCCAAGGUAUUAUUCCUAAAGUUGAAGAAGAAACACGGAAAAUAUGGAGACACAAAGGACUCGUAACACAGAUCCAGAAACAAAGACAGUACGACAUUUGGUCAUUGAUCAAUCAAAAGACUCAGUUUGAUCAUGUAACCACGGCAACACGGUAUUCAUUGGAAUCUCACAACAGUGGAAGCGAAGAUUCCUCGGAACUCAUGCAACAAAGCUACAGAAGUAUUGAAAAGUUUUCUGGAUUAUUUCAGUCUAUCAGAAUGGAGCACAACCCUGUCACUCCACAGAAGUUGGAUUGGAGUUUUCUUGACGUUGACAAUGGACCUCAAAACAAGGAAGAGAAUUCAUAACAAGAAUUGACAGACUACGCGCAAAGGAGAGAAUUUCCGCAAUAAAUAACUCAGCGUUGUACUUAGGGCUCGUUAGUAAUCAAUGAAAAAGACGUUGAGUUUGUCCUUAAAAAUCUCCAAAAGAGUUCACUGUUCUGAGAAGCAUUUUAAUGAAAUAUAUUGCCCAAAGAUUGAUUACAAAAAACGCUUGUAUUUCAAGCUUAGCACUGGUAAAGAAAAAAAUAGUAUUCAAGAAAAUAAAAUCCAGUGUACUAUGUUUCAAUUUAAAAUCAGAUUAUCAUAUGUAGAGCUGUGCAAAUUUUUAUCUAUCUUUGUAGGAUUUUAUAUUUGUUUUUUUAUUUUAUAUCCACUCGUAGGGCCACAGGUUUGUUAGCAUAUUGCUAUUUAGUGCUACCCUCAGUAAAUAAAGACAAAGAGUUUAUUAUUAUUAUUAUUAUUGUAGUCAAGAGCAGACUCUAGACUCUAAAAAUAUCAAUUUACGCGUCAUGUACAAACGAUAGCAAAUAAAAUUGAGUAAGACUU